UAUACACAUAAUAUACUUCUAUCAUAAAAAACAAAGCAGCUGCUUCAACAAAAAAAUGGAAGGCAUCGAGCACAGAACAUUGAACGUUAAUGGCAUCAACAUGCACGUAGCUGAAAAAGGCAAAGGCCCCGUAGUUCUCUUCCUCCACGGCUUCCCCGAACUUUGGUACACAUGGCGCCACCAGAUUGUAGCCUUGGCUGACCAAGGCUACCGUGCGGUGGCGCCUGAUUUACGUGGCUACGGGGACACGGACGCGCCUAAGGAAGUUACGAGCUAUACUUAUUUUCACGUAGUGGGUGAUUUGGUAGCGCUUAUUGAGUCGUUAGGAGUGGAGAGAGUGUUUCUAGUGGCUCAUGAUUGGGGUGCCAUGAUUGGUUGGUACUUGUGUUACUUUAGGCCUGAUUUAGUGAAGGCAUAUGUUUGUCUUAGUGUGCCUUUUAGGCCAAGGCAUCCUAAAAUGAAGCCUAUUCCUACUAUGAGAGCUUUCCUUGGAGAUGAUUACUACAUGUGCAGAUUUCAGGACCCAGGCAUGGAAGAUGAGAUGGCGAAAUACGGCAGUGAAGCAGUACUGAAAAAGAUAUUGAUAGAUAGAAAACCAGGACCACCUUGUUUACCCAAGGAGAAUCCCUUUGGCAUUUCCAGUGAUGAUAAGUUGCCUUCAUGGCUUUCUCAAGAUGAUCUCAACUACUACUCUACCAAAUUUGACCAAAAGGGAUUCACUGGUGGACUAAACUACUACCGCGCUCUUGAUUUGAACUGGGAGCUGACAGCUCCGUGGACAGGGGUGAAAGUGAAUGUCCCUGUAAAAUUUGUGGUAGGUGAUUUGGACGUGGUGUAUACAACACCAGGAAUGAAAGAGUAUGUGCAUGGAGGAGGUUUCAAGAAGGAUGUGCCCAUGUUAAAUGAUGUUGUUGUGUUGGAAGGAGCUGCCCAUUUCAUUAAUCAAGAAAGAGCUCAAGAGACGAACUCUCACAUUUAUGAUUUUAUUAGCAAGUUCUGAUCUAAAUGUUACUCGUUUGUUGGCUUAACUUAUGAUGUAGUACUGCUUUUCAAUCACCUUCUGGCGGCACAAUGUUGGUUUUGA